UUUAAACCGUCAAUCACGUUCGGGACCAUUAUGGAAAUUUUUUGCGUUCUUUUGAUUGAACACUCUUCUCAAAUUACAAACACGUUGUGAAACAACAUUACAACAACGGACAAGAAUAUCUUGAAGAUGUACGGUAGAGGAAGAGGCAGUUACCUCGGCCUGUUGUUGGAAACCCAAAUCGGAAAGACCGCGGUAGCUUCUGUUGAAAGUUCAAACAAUGUGCAGAAUGAUGUUACUGAGAUAGCUUUGUUGAAGUCGAAUGAAAGUGCAUCCUCUACUAUUUCCUCUCAUUCACAAGAUGUUGAGAAAAAGAGCCCACAGCCAACAUGGACAUCGCUCGAUCUUCUUGGAAACAGGGGAAAACGGGAUCGAUGUGGAGGUGCUUCUUCACCAAAACCAAGUGAAGAAAGUAUCCAAGUCAUUGAAGAUGAUCACACAAGCUUGCUGAAGAAAGAUGGAGAAAAUAAUCUUGCAAGAGAGAAUCAAUCUACUCACCUUGGUUUGGAAGCAGUUCCUGAUCAAAAACCAAAGUUACAGUUAGAUCCGAAGAAAGAAGUUCACCUCGUUUCUCCACAAGAACUUCUUUCCUCGCACACAAACAGCAGUGUGAAGGAUGAAACUCCUGGACAAAGCACUAGUCCCAAUUCCCGAUACAUUCCUCCACAUUUACGCAAAGGAUUUUCUGGAAAGCCAGAUAUCUAUUCAGAUCCUGUGGUUACAAAAUACAAGAAAUUUGAUGCACCAACUUACACAACAACUGAAUGGUUAACUGAAUCUCGUUCUCCUCAAAAGAUGGUUGAAUCAGAACUGAACUGGAAAAAAUGGAAACUGCAACGAAGUUUUAAGAAAUUAAUCACUAGUUUGUCAGUUGAAAAUGUUGUGGGGUUAAGUGAAGAUGUGAGAAAACUUUGCGAGGCUAGUCAGUUAUCCACAAAGUUUCCUGGUGUAUCCGAAGUCAAUGUCCUCGUUGAUCUAAUUGUUGCACGUGUAAUUGAUGAGAAAGAUUCAUUUCAAGUUGCAGUACAGUUGUGUUUGUUACUUAAUGUAAUGUACAAAGAUGAAUUUUCUGCCAAUUUAAAAGAUGUUUUAAAACAGCAUAGACAAGAAACAUUCAGUGGUGCUACAAGCAAGAAUUCUAGAUGCGACAGCUUUUGUACAUUUCUUGGUAAAUUGUGUGAUGUGGCAAAAGAUGAAACAAAAAGUUUUCAAGAUUGUCUAAGACACACAGUUAGAGGAUGUCUUCAUGACUGGGUUUCACCAUUUCAGACAGCAGAGGAAUACUCGCAAGAAUCUGAAGUGAAAGUAUUUUAUUUGUGUCGAGUGCUGGAAGUCACAAAGAAUGUUCUAACAGCAGAAAAAAGAUUGUGGAUUAAAUCAUGUUUUGGUAAAAUUAAAAACUGUAUUUUGAGUGAUAAAAUGCCAAGGGUGAUCAAAGAGACUCUUGUGGAUCAAAUAUUCAAGUGUUUAUUAUCACCAUCAAAAGAAAAUGAAACUUCCAAAGCAGCUGUUGAGACUCCUCCGUCAGCUAAAACAUUGCCUGACUCCCCGUUGCCAGAUGACCCGUAUAGAAUUGUUAAGAAAAUGCUGACGGAUCUAGAAUUGAGCCAUCUGUUUGAGAAGUUUCAGGAUAAUUUAAUCCGCGAUACUCUGCUUUGUGUUGAGAAAAACGAGUUGAAGAAUACGCUUCAGGAAGCAUCGUUCGCUCCUGGUGCGAUUUUAGAGAUACAGUUAUAUCUUGAGAAAAAUGGUGACAGUAUUAAUGGUAAUGUUCCCGAAAAAUCGCCGGAAGUCAAGCCAAGUCGCGACAUUGUCGUCGACCCUCGCACACGGCUGCAGAACGUUGAAAGUAAUUUAAGAGAGAUUUUGUUGAGUAUUGAAUCAGAGAAACAGAAGGACGAUGAAGAAGCAAGAGAUAGCGAAGAAAAACAAGAAGUUGAAGCGGCAAUAGACGAGUCAAAUACUGAAAAUGUUGAAUCAAUGGACUUUAAAGAACUGCAAAAGAAACUGUUGGAUUAUCAGAAUAGUUUAGACCAGGAUGCCGGGGGUUCGUGUCCGGAGAAUGAAGACCGUAUAGUAGAUUCUUCAAGAGAUAUUCAAACAAGUGCGAAUGAGAUAUUGCAGGUUAAUCAUCUCUCAAAUGAGAUUUCAACAAGGGAGGUCUCGCUUGUGGGAGAAAGGAGAAGUAACAUAGCGGAAUUCAAGGAUGAAAACACACAAGCUGGUAAUCCUGUUGUGAAUUGGACACAGCAAAGUGAAGGAAAGAGGUAUGGCGGAAAUGAACGCUCAUUUCAAAAAUAUAAAGGAGGAAGAGGUCGUGGGCGGAGGAAUAAUACUGGAUUGUUGGAGAACACAAACGAUGACAGAGAAUACCACGGAUAUUCAGGUGAUAAACGUGGAUCAAGGUGGAAUUCGAGAGACAUGAAGGGAUACCAAUAUGGGUAAUGGGGAGCAAUAUUGAAUAUACAGGGUAUCCUCAAUGGAAUGCUAACAGUUCUCCGGAGAUUUUCAGGAAUGCUGGUGGUAGACCUCAGAGUACCGGAAGGGAUAUGAGAGGAUUUGCGUAUGAUAAACCAUGGGGGUAUUCAGCAGAUUCUCAAGAAAUUCAAGCCGCGUCAUCUUCGUCAUACAACGCUAGCUUUGGUACAACUCGAGUUCCCUUCGGCUCAAUGUCGGCGCCUGUUGGGUGUUUCAUCUGUGGUAGCGAAGGCCAUCGGUCAGCAUACUGUACGAAUAAUUCAGCAAUGUUUGACUGAGAUUUGUUCCAACAUUAAUUGCUUUGUUUUUGUGGAUUUUUGUACUAAUAGCUCAUAGCUGUACUUCCAGCUCUGCUUUGUGUGGAAAUCUCGACCUAUCUACGGUUUUUUUGUCAAAUUUGAAAAAUUGUAUUAUCAGAAAUAUAAGAUGAUUGAGAUUUGUGUAAGCCGCGUAAAAUCACAGCGCAUCAAUUCCAUCAAGUCAUAAGUCAUAAAAUGCGUCUAAGGAUAUUUUGCUAGGAUUUUACAUAAACAAAAGUUUGUUUUGCUUGCUAUUUUUUGUUUUCUCAACAAAUUACAUGUUUGCACAAUAUGCCUGCUCCAUGUCAGGGCAAUUUUCACUAGC